AUCACAGAUGACGUUAGUCUAUGGCCGAUGAUAUGUCAUUUUUCGGUUUUGAAUGAAGAAAAGAAAUCAAAGUUGCGAAGUGUAAAGAAAAUAUUUACUGUAAUAACUUUUAAAUUAGUCAAGUCAAAAUGUCGAUUUUGGCGUACAAUGGAGGGGCAGUAGUAGCCAUGAAGGGCAAGGACUGUGUGGCUAUCGCUACGGAUAAGCGCUACGGUAUCCAAGCCCAGACUAUAUCAUCAAACUUUCCCAAAGUGUUUCAAAUGGGCCCCACGUUAUAUGUAGGCCUUCCAGGAUUAGCGACGGAUACUCAAACAGUGCAUCAGAGGCUUAAGUUCAGAAUGAAUCUCUAUGAGCUAAAAGAGAACAGAAUAAUGAGGCCAAAGACAUUCUCAGCCAUGUUAUCAAAUCUGCUGUAUGAAAAGCGUUUCGGACCCUACUUCAUCGAACCUGUGGUCGCUGGGUUAGACCCCUUGGACAAUCAACCCUAUGUCUGCAACAUGGAUCUGAUUGGUUGUCCAAAUGAACCUGAAGAUUUUGUUGUGUCAGGCACAUGCACAGAUCAGCUGUAUGGUAUGUGUGAGGCCCUGUGGGAGCCUGAUCUAAAGCCUGAUGAACUCUUUGAGACAAUUUCUCAGGCUCUAGUGAACGCUGCAGACCGCGACGCUAUCUCAGGGUGGGGCGCCGUGGUGUACAUCAUUGAGAAAGACAAGAUCACUGAAAAACAUGUCAAGACUAGAAUGGAUUAAUGUAUUAUGAAGGGGAAAUGGAUUUUAAUAUUAAAACUUUCAAAACUUUAA